AUGCCUCUGAAAUGGCCUUCCUUGCCCUACAUUGUGACAAAAGGUAUCAGUUUAGUUUGCUUUAUCGGAACAGCAAGUUUAAAAAUUUGGGACAUCAACACCCUCUACAGCCAAUUCGAUUCGCAUUGUAUUGCCGGAUGGGAGAUAACCGAUAAAGUCGGUUCACAUUUAAUGCUGAUAAUGCUGUCACUGAUACCCGAUAUGGGCUUCGUUGGAUGUAUUGGAGUGGCAAUGUUCAUGAAGACGAGCAAUUUUGGUGCAGAUCCAGGGGCUAUUAGCUAUAAUUUCAUUGUGGGUAUUUUGCAACUUUGGUCCAUAAUUUAUAUCUAUGUCAUUGAGGAUUGUGGUAAUUCUGCUAUUCCGAUCAUCAAGAGUGUUUCAUUACUAAGUUUAAUUGCGGGAAUUUUACAUUUCAUAAAUGCCCUGAUUUGUUUCAUAUUUAUGGCACCCGAAGAAAGAUCAUUUCCCAUCAGAAGACCCCGAAGUUCUAUUUUACCGGAAAAUUAA